AUGACUACGGACGAUAAUGUUUCCGACACAAGUAUUACAUAUAGAAAUCCUGAGAUAAAGCAUAGUAAUCCAGGAACAGAGGUCUAUUUGAAGUUUGGGUUUGGUCCGAUGCCGCCGAGUAUCCGAAACAGCAAGAUCUUUUACUUUGAUAUAGAUAACUGCUUGUAUGAGAGAACAACUGGAAUACACGAAAUGAUGCAAGUCAAAAUCCAUGAUUAUUUCAAGCAUAAUUUAAAGUUGAAUGACGAAGAAGCUCAUGAAUUGCAUAUGAAUUACUACAAGACCUAUGGGUUGGCCAUUGAGGGCUUAGUGAGAGUCCACAAAGUGGAUGCUAUUGAAUAUAAUGCCCAAGUAGAUGAUUCUUUGAAUUUACCUUCGGUAUUAGGAUACAAUGAAAAAUUGAGGGAUAUGUUGGUGAGAAUUAGAAGAGAUUUUGACUAUUUUUGGCUCGUUACUAAUGCGUAUUCCAAUCAUGCGUUAAGGGUAAUUUCAUUGCUAGGUAUAGGAGAUCUUUUCGACGGUCUCACGUUUUGUGAUUACUCUAAAUUUCCUAUUAUUUGCAAACCUAUGUAUCCAUAUUUUCAGAACUUUUUGAACCUUACAAAUAUCGACAUAUCAAACAAAGAGGCCAUGUCAAAACAGUAUUUUGUGGAUGACAGUGAAUUGAAUGUUAAGGCAGCUUUCAAGUUGGGUUUUGGUAACGUUAUUCACUACGUUGAAAUAAACGAGGAGUUUGAAAAGCUCAAGAGUAGUGAAGAUUUCAAGGAUUUCUACGAAUCUGGAGACAAUUCAGGGAAAAAGAUCAAGAUAAUUAGAAACAUUUUAGAUUUAGAAAGAGUUUUAUAG